UCAGGGAGGCCGAUCGCUCAAACCGUAGGAGCCUCAUGACUAAACACUAACUUUACCUAUUUUUACUAAGAAGUUAAAUUACCCUUAUCAACUUGUAUAUGUAAAAAAAUUAACAUUUGUAUUAUAAAUUAGGUCUUAUAAAACCUAAAUAUGCUCUAAAAAUGUAGAAAUACGACAAUUGCAAAAUAAAAUUUCGUGUACAACAACGUUAGGGAUUGAAGAAAAAGCAGAACACUUCAAAGACAUAGGAGCGGAUUGUGUCUGGUUAUCCCCUAUUUUCAAAUCGCCUAUGGCUGACUUUGGUUACGAUAUUUCGGAUUACAAUGCGAUUGAUGCCGUGUAUGGCACAAUGGAUGAUUUUGUUUCAUUACACAAAAAAUUGAAGUCAUUGGGCAUUAAAAUUAUUUUGGACUUCGUACCUAACCAUUCAAGUGAUGAACACGAAUGGUUUGAAAAAUCUGUAAAAAAAAUUCAUCCAUACACAGAUUAUUAUGUGUGGAGAGAUGCUAAAUAUGAUACAAAUAACUCGAGAAUACCACCAAAUAAUUGGCAAAGUUUAUUCAGUAAUUCAGCAUGGACAUGGAAUGAGCAACGUGGACAGUAUUAUUUACAUCAAUUUGAUCCUAAACAACCAGAUUUAAAUUACAGAAGUAAAGAAUUGGUUAAAGAAAUGAAAAACAAUUUAAGGUUUUGGUUAGAUCUUGGUAUAGAUGGGUACAGAGUAGAUGCUGUACCGUUUUUAUUUGAGGAUCUGCAAUUUUUAGAUGAGAUCAGGAAACCAGAAGAGCUUGCUAAAAAGGAAAUAAAUACUUAUGAACAAUAUUAUCAUCACAACACAAUGGAUUUACCUGAAACAUAUGAAAUGAUUAGUCAGUUUAGGGACGUGAUAGAAGAAUAUAAGCUGAAAGAUGGGAAAACCAGACUAAUGUUAGUGGAAGCGUACACGACCAUAAAUUACACAAUGGAUUACUAUAGCCAAGGAACACCCAGGGCUCAUAUGCCGUUCAAUUUCAAUUUUAUCGCAUACUUAACAAAAACAUCAUCAGCCUACGACAUAAGAAACACGAUCAAUCUGUGGUUGGACAAUAUGCCUAAGGGUCAAUGGGCCAACUGGGUGGUAAGUAACGACAAAUGACGAUAAUUAGAUUGUUCGAUUGCGG